AUGUCUUCCAACAACCAAGCUCGUUAUAUCGCUCAGAUGGAGGAACUUUACAGAAAUCCUCUGCACCCUACCUCGGUUCCCUCCUACAACUACCAUACCAGCACGUACCCGCAUAUUGGAAUGCCUCAGACAAUGUCAACAAGUGUAGGUACAACUAUGCUACCUAUUUCGGGUACAGGUACACACGGAGCUCCCCAGGUGCAAAUGGAGCAAAUGAUGUCUUCCAAUAGCGGCACCUAUCAAGGAUUAAUCCGAGACUUUGUGCACUUCCGCCAAGUCAACGAUCAGUACUUGAAAAUCCACAAUCGCCCUAGGGGUGAUUGCUCAGACUUCCCCCUUGACCCCCAGGAACAGCAGCAGCUAGUAAAGCUGCUCUUUGAGGCUGCACACGACUGUAGUGAGACGUACGAGCCCGAAGGAUCCCAGAGUGUCAGGCGCAUCAGUCAAGGCAGUUAUACUGAUGUAGAAUUCGAGUUGGUCUUAUGGCCUUUACUGUUCUCGACACGGGAUGCACAGAUGGGACAGUGUAGACUCCCCAACUAUCUUUACUGCAGGGAACCGCCUUAUAACUCUUACGGUUCCUUCAUGGAAAGAUUUACAGCGGUUUGUGAUGCCCUCAGAUUGUCGAAGGAUGUUGUGGUGUCCCUUUUUAAAGAUGCGACCUUCAAGCAUCGUCUUGGCUGGAGGCCGAGAACAGAGCUCAACCAAAAAGCUACCAAUAGAAAGCUUAACGGGGAGCGAGACGUCCAGAACGCGAUCGGUAUUCGCGUGGCCCAAGAGAACGGUAUAAAGGCCAACAAAAGCGGUGAGCUCGUGGACAAAAACGGCCAGGUCUAUGGGAACGUUAAGAAGCGAUCUACCACGUUUGAACACAGAAUCACAAGGACUAGAAAACGUGGUCGAGACCCGAAACAGGAGAAAGCAUCCGAGAGCUUGCAUGCGCCAAAUGAGGAACCAAAGACGGGCAACAAUAUCAACGAAGUCAUUGGAAACGACGGAGGGGCGGGUAGCGGUAUGCAUUUGGAUUUCAAUCCUUGUGGGUAUACGGAGAAUCCAUCCGGGGAAAGCCAGGAGACUCUGACGGGGUAUGCUCCCAGUACUCCCAAUAACACAAAUAACCUGAUGCAACCUACCCCCCCUCCAACGACAAACAUCUACGGGCAAGGUCCUAACCCGCUUGUAGGAUCUAAUAUGUCCUUCCAACCCUCUUGCCAAAGCAAUGGCAAUGCCUCGUCGGCAUAUGCGUCUUACGAAUGGUUCUCUAAUCUGCCACAGGCCGCCGACCACACAGACGCAGCGAUGGAUUCCAACUUUGAUUUAGGAUUACUGCAAACUGGAAAUGGGAACGGCGAGCAGUACAGCCAAUAUCAGGAUGUCGCUCCUCUUCCUCACUUUAACCCCACGGUAUCAGCUCCUUUUGGUAACCAGCUUGACCAGACAGUAGCUCAAGAGCAGUCCGACUUUCUUGAUUUCGUACCUUACGCGGAUCCACUGCUUCAAGGUCAAUAUUGUCCCCCGAGCACUUCGACUUAUCGUGGAACAUUUUAA